CUCUGUCUCUGACACACUCAAACACACGCACACAUAUAUACACGCCCUCCACCCCCAUCGCUGCAGUGUCUCAACUGCCUUGAAGCAAAUAAGAGAGGAUAUAGAACACAGACGUUAAUAAGACAGAGAAAGAGGGCACUGAAAAGACAGAGAUGUACAUGUUUGUGUGUGUGACCCUGUGAAUAUGAAGAAGAUAUGAAGAUGAAGCAGCAGGACUAAAGGUGGAUUGCACAGAGCCUUCUCUCUCUGCAAGGGCUUGUCUGCAGUAUCCUUUGUAAAUGGAUGCUGGCUUGUGAACACGACUCCGAGGCCUUCAGCUGUGUGGGAGAUAUCGCAUCACAGAAGAAGUAGAAAAGAUUUUAUCAAGAAGAUCAAGUGAAACAGGCCAAAUAUUGAGCUGAAGUUGAUUGUUGCAGUAGCUAAACAAGGGAGAAGCAGUGCAAGAGCCAUGUGGGAGGAGAGUGAAGUGGUUUUGCUGUUCACACACACAAAGUCCAAACACUUUCUCCACUGACAAACAUUAUACACUCCUCAGCCCCCCUCCGCAGCUUUUCCUCAGGGGGAGUCCCUGCUAUGAACCCCAGCUCCCUUGGCUUCAGCAGGCAGUCCAACCUCAGUGCCAGGCGCCGUGUGGGCAUCCCACAAGUCUGGGUUCUGCCCACACAGGACUCACAGACUGCCCCUGAACAAAAAGAAUGAAAUACUCCUGAGUCACUCCUCUGUGUGGUGGCUCCCUUUUCUAGAGUUAAAUUGGUCUGCUGUGAUUUUUUUGUCUGGCACCUCUAUAGAAAGCUCCACACUGUAGUGAACACCCCCCUACAACUCUGCCAUACCCCACUUGGAAACCAAUUUAUUAUAAUUUGGUUCCCCAUCAAGCAGAAGCACGAGUUCGUUUGUGUUUAGCACGUGGUGGAGGACCAUGGGAUGCCGUCAGAGCUCGGAGGAGAAGGAGGCUGCUCGGCGCUCACGGCGAAUUGACCGCCAUUUGCGCUCAGAGAGUCAGCGGCAGCGGCGUGAAAUUAAACUUCUGUUGUUGGGCACCAGCAACUCCGGCAAGAGCACCAUCGUCAAACAGAUGAAGAUCAUUCACAGCGGAGGCUUUAAUCUGGAGGCCUGCAAGGAGUACAAGCCCCUCAUCCUGUACAAUGCCAUCGACUCUCUCACACGCAUUAUCCGCGCCCUCACCACUCUCAAAAUCGACUUUCACAAUCCUGAUCGCGCCUAUGAUGCUGUUCAGCUCUUUGCUCUCACAGGGCCAGCUGAGAGCAAGGGAGAGAUCACACCAGAAUUACUAGGGGUCAUGAAACGUCUGUGGGCAGAUUCAGGGGUCCAGGAGUGUUUUCAACGAUCCAACGAGUACCACUUAGAGGACAACACUGCCUACUACCUGAACGACCUGGACCGUAUCUCUGCACCUGAGUACAUCCCUACUGUAGAGGACAUCCUUCGAUCCCGUGACAUGACCACUGGCAUUGUGGAGAAUAAGUUCACCUUCAAGGAGCUCACUUUCAAGAUGGUAGAUGUGGGUGGACAGCGCUCAGAGCGAAAGAAGUGGAUCCACUGUUUUGAGGGCGUGACUGCAAUCAUUUUCUGUGUCGAGUUAAGCGGUUAUGACCUCAAACUUUAUGAGGACAACCAGACGAGCCGUAUGGCAGAGAGCUUGCGCCUGUUUGACUCCAUCUGCAACAACAACUGGUUCACUAACACAUCGCUCAUCCUCUUCCUCAACAAGAAGGACCUGUUGGCUGAGAAGAUCAAACGUAUUCCUCUAACAGUGUGCUUCCCUGACUACAAAGGUCAAAACACCUAUGAAGAGGCAGCUGUCUAUGUGCAACGGCAGUUUGAGGACCUCAACCGCAACAAGGAGACCAAGGAGAUCUAUUCGCACUUCACCUGUGCCACUGACACCAGCAACAUCCAGUUUGUGUUCGACGCUGUCACGGACGUGAUCAUCCAGAACAAUCUCAAGUACAUUGGGUUGUGCUAGGACCUGACAUUGGGUUGGGGGGGUGGGGGGUAAUGCGGGCUGCUUGCCAGCAGUUGGCCCGCCAACAGGCUGGAUAAACAUAAGGCAUGUCAGUUUGCCUGAUGGUUUAUCUCCUUGAGGAGGUGCAACAGUGAACUGCAAAGGAAUGAGGUAGAGAUGUGGUCAGCAUGGACAAUACUGUAGAUCCAACAAAUGGAGACGGUCCAUGGUCAAGAUGGGAAUUUACCCCAAUAUGUUUGCACUGAAUAUGAGUAUGCAGAGACACCCAAACACAUGCACACACAAACACACACAAAUUUCUGUUUGCUCACACACAAGAUCUCUGGAUCAACAGUAAAGCACUUGUUUGACAAGGCAACACUGGAAAUUUUAGACAGCUAUCCCUACCUGCCUGCCAAACCAGAGACUGAGUAGUAGGUCUUUACUGGUGGUUUCCAGUUACUUUUGUCUCCUUUAUUUUAUUUGCCUGAGUCAAUUAAUGCUGCAUUACAAGAAGAAUUCUGACAAAAUCAAUGUUCUCUUUUGGAUUUUCACCGUAACAAUGGUAAACAGUGAGUGCACCUGAUGUGAUGUGGAGAGAGCCUGUAUGCCUGGGAAAAAAAAUAAUUGUCAAUAGACAUGAUGUCACAGGGCUUCUGCCUGAAAGAGGAAACUGCCACAGUCUAAAACCGAAGUGAAUUUUUUUUUUUUCUACAUACUAUUUCUUUUCCCCCAUAGUCAAAUGUCUAAUCUUAUUCUUUUUCCCUCUGGUUUUCUUUGUUUUUGUGCUUAAAAAACAAUUUCUCUAAAACCUGUCUUUUGUAGCAGGUCACUGACUUCUAGUACCAUAAGAGUGUUAUACUCAGCAGAGUCAAAAGUAUUCUUAAUGAUCAUUCCAGUUUCCAUCAAGAGACAACAAAAACAGUGCCAAGAUCAGAUUGUAAAUAAAAACAGAUCCCAUCCAUUAUGUUAUUUUUUCUGUUUUUAUGGACAAAUACAUUCAAACAUGCAUGAUUUUGUUACUUUGGGAUACUAAUAUAUUUUAUUUGGGAUUAUGUUUCUCUUUUCUUAGGUUUAAAUAAUAUAUUCCCAAAAAUAUAUAUAAAAGUCAAACACUGUGUACGAUUGUACAGUUGUCAGAGAGGAAUAUAUUGAAAAGAGUUAUAUCAAUAUAAUAAUGGUGAUGAUGAUGUUAUGAUGAGAAUAAUGAAGAUGACAAUGAUGAUGAUGAUGAUGAUGAUGAUGAUGAUGAUGACUGUGGUGAUAAUGACUUGUUGACAAGGAAAACAACGUUAGUAUGAGAUGAUGUGGCUCAAAGGAGAACAAGACUGUAGAAAACAUGAAAAUGAAAAAGCAAACCUUCAAUCUUCCUUGCAUCAUCUAAGUGGAAAAUUGUUAAAGUCAGUCAGUAUGAUGUGUAAAUAUACUGUAAGGUACACUCUGUUCAAACAAAUGAAAAUAAAGGUUGAGUUGGCAUACUAUAAGUGACAUACAGAUAGAGUGUGAGAGAGAGAGAGAGAGAGAGCGAGAGAAAGAGAGAGAGGGAGAGAGAGAGAAGGAGGGAAAACCUGACUCCACUCCUCCUCUUACCCUUUCUUUUCAGUGAAGAGAGUGAUUUGCAAACAACUCAGCUAAGGGCUUUAGGCUUGACUUUACAGGAUGUCCACUUCAACAAAAGACAAAACAAUUUAAAAAGAAAUAUAAAAAGGACAAUAACUAUGAAUAAAACAAUUUAUGCAAAUUUCUAUGGUGUAGUAAAUGUGUUUUUGGGUGGUGGUUGUGUCAAAUGUGCUUUACAUUUGUUUGAGAUGUUCAUAAUUGAUGACCUGCUCUGUGGUUUAAAAAGAAGUUGCAGCCCUUAAAACCACUAAUCGUGCUGCAUCAAAAUAUUUGCCACUUGGAAUGGAACAUACUGUCCAAAAUCAUCGCCUCUAUCUUCAGUAUCCAAGAUCAUGACAUAAUAAGUGUUUGUCCUCACCAUACAAUGUAGCCACUGGGGCAAGAAUAAUCUGAACAUAAAGUAUGCAAUUAAAAUAUUCCUGAAUGAACUUGGCCUAUGUGUGAAGCGGGUACAGUGUACGUCCAGAUUCCACUCUAAUUAGUGUCUAAACCUUUCCUGACCAAAAAUGUUUGCUGGAGCAGACACAGUUUAGCAAUUAAAGAGUUAAAUAUACAAAUUAGAUUUAGUCUUAACUAAAUUUUGGCAGUGACUGUGCUUUUGGCAAACUUUAACCACUGUAUAAAAACUGAAUAGGUGUUAGAAGAGCACUUAACAUGCUCUAAAAAUCUGGUUUUUCAGUAAAGACAAGAGUCCUCAGAAUCUUCUGAGAAAUAUUCAUGUUUGACAGGAAAUGAUGCAAUGGCUUGAAUCAAAUCUGAAUGGGCUCAAACAAGGUUCAGUAUGAUUGUAAAAUCUGCAAAAAUCCUCCUAAGAAAUUUGCUCACUAUUUAUAUUUGUGAGAAAAGUGAGCUAAGAUCACAGUUAGUAUGUGAACGAUAAGAUAAAGAAUAAGUUUUGGCCGAGCUUUCACAGGU